AUGAUCGACGUUAUUCCGCCCUCAUACGAAUCCGCCACAGCCAGAGAUGCCUGGGCGAUUAUCGCGGACUAUAUCCCCUCCAGCGAUCUCUGCGCGGCAUCGCUAGUCUGUCAUCGAUGGCACGAUCUGUUCAUGCCCUUUCUGUGGGGCGAUCCGGCUUCCCACUUUGGGACAGACAAUGAUGCUGUCUACGCAGGGAGAAAAGUGGCGCUCACGCGUUUCCGGCGCACACUCAAAUAUGCCCGGUUAGAGGUGCGGUCGAUGACCCAUACGCUCCAUCUGCCUCCGGCCCUGUCGGAGAUCUAUGGCGGCCCGCGACCGGGCUGGCUAAGAGACAUCCUGGAGUAUCUGCCCUGUCUGCAGUGCCUGAUGGUAUCGAGGCUCCCGUUCUUCGAUCAUAAUGCCAUGACCGCACUGCAGGCACAGACUAGGUCCACCAAGUAUAAUAUCCGUGUGCUGCUCGCUGAGCGCGAGCCGAAUACCACAUCCGGCAGCCUCGCGGAGACAAUCCUUCGCUUUCCCUCGUUGAUCUACCUCGAUCUUUCGUAUACUACGCCUGCGCGAGAUCGCAGUGUUCUUUCAUCUCUGUCGCAUCUUGAAAAUUUGCAGGUUCUUAAGCUGCGCGGGGUCGGGUUGAAAGACAAGGACGCUGAGUUCUUGGCCAACGCCAUCGGAAUCCGUGUCCGAUUUCUGGAUUUGCGGAAUAAUAUGUUGACAGACAUGGCAGUUCGAUCUCUAAUGCAGGCCUCAUUUCUAUUGCAGAAUAAUUCGGGGCUGCACCGGCGGAUGAGGCGUACGCCCAACGUGUUCGGCGAGUCAUCCAGCCUCCCCGGUAUGGACCUCUUGAUGAGCUCAGAUCUUGACGAGCAGUUCAUAAAACUGUUGGCUCAGCCAGCUACAAACAACUCCUUCUGGCUUGAUGACUUGCCGAAUUCCGGCAUUACUCACCUCUAUAUUGCCGGUAAUCAGCUUACAGUCGAAGGGGUGGCCGGUCUGUUGGCCUCAGAGAGACUUCACGUCCUUGAUGUAGGAACAGUCAACACUGCUGAGAUUUUGCACGGCAAAUCAUCCCCCCAGACGCCGCCAGGAUCAAGAUAUCCCGGUGCUGAGAAGCUUGUCCCGCUUUUGGGUAAAUUUGCCGGAGCCAAGUUGACAUAUCUACGAGCCCAUCAUGCCAUCGCCACCGCUGAGCCCCGGAUCAGAGACUUUGUGUCUUUCAGUGAUCUUCUACCAGAACUUCAGGCAAUCGAGGCUCCUCAUGAGUUUGAGCUGGACGCUUCGCACGAUAUUCAUGAAUUACCUGCGAAGAACGACUUCGUUUAUGAGCUGGCAGACACGUCGACGGGCGGAUCUUCGAGGUCUGCAUCAACCAUAGUCCCAACGCGACGCCUAUCGCGGCCUCAUGAAGAUGAGCCUCUAUCAGCCAUGAGACGGGGAUCAGCCUUUGCCCCCGAAGUGGUGCAGCCCGGAGGCAGUCUAGCCUUCCCGAAAACAGACAGUCCUAUAACACCGUUCGGCUCGGCUCCAGAGGGUGCGCCAAUAGAUUAUUGCGGCUCGCCAAUAUCCAUGGAUGAUCCUCGUGCACACAAGAUACAAGAACUGCUCGCAAAGCGUCCAAGCAACCAAUCCCUCCCACUCCAGCACGGCAAAGAGAGCCGAUUUCCAUAUCUCCAUCCAUCCCAUGUACCCCAUCUGGAAACCUUGGUCUUGACAGACGUGCCCUCGCAUAUCCAAGCCAACUCGCCCAUCCUCUACGCGCUCACCCGAUUCAUCACAGCCUGCUCCAAUGAGACGCUGCUCGCUACUCUUCAAGCUGGAUCGGACUACUCCCUACCACCAGGUCAAGCACGGAUACGUGCCGAGCAGCAACGUACUCGCUCACUGUUCGGUCUGCGACGAAUCAUCCUCGAAAUCACUCCCACCACUCCCACGUCGAAGCUCACUUCUUGGAAACCCACAGGAUUCCAUCACGGCACGGCCAACUCCAGCACAGGAGACCGCGACUCCGAGGCUCUCUGGGACGCAGCCGCGAACGACUUCAGCUUCUUCGGAGAAGAAGAGUGCGGCCUCCCUGAGAAUGAUCCGGGGAAGUACUUCCCCAUGGCUAUGUUAAAUGAGAAAGUCCUCCUCACUCCCUCGGACGACGAGUCGAUCCACUCGCGCACUGAGUCUCCGCUCGGCCGCCAGUCUAGCGUCACGUCCGCAGCCACAGAGAAAGCCAAUUCCACUCGUGCGACAGGCGGUCUGCUCUCAGAGGUUGACGUGGUCAAGGAACUAGCUGCUUUCCGCCGCGCAAAGAAAACCGAGUACGAGCAUGCCGUCCGCCGCGAGAGAGGUCGGCGAUGCACUACCAAUGGCACCGGUGCCUCGUCUGGUCUGCUCUCGCCAUCAUCGUCCUCGCCUCUGCCGUCGUCGACGCCGCAGCAGAUCUGCAUGGCGCAGUUUGUCGAGGGCCAUUGGAAGGGGGAGGUGAAGGUGGUGAGGAAUUCGGCGCCCAAGGGCCGCACCGGGAUGGUGGAUAUGUAUGGGAAUUACUUUGAGAAGGGAUACUUAUACCCAUGA